CCUAGUAAAUGCAUCAAAGAACUCGCUCUUUAGUCAGUUCAUGGCACUAUUUUGAGAAGUGUGCUCCCUUGCCACUCGGGCAUCUUGGACAAACCUCGUAUACCAACGCCAUGAUUCGGCGUCGAUGGAGAAGCGUCCAGAAAUGGGCUCCAGGUGGAUGUCAGAAGACCUGUCCGUCAAACAUAGGAGACCAACUCGGAUUAUUCCUCUUCUGCGGCGCUGGCUUCAGCUCUGUGAUGCAACAGGUCAAGCGAUGUUUCACAAUUUGUCCGCACCCCUGCUCAGAUGUGGCGACAGAGCCUCAAUCAUCAGCCGCAGCCACCGCGUACUUUCAAAACGUCGGGCAGCCAUCUUGAGAGCUGACGUUAUUUCACAUCGAGGUAUCUCUGCAAACUAGCUGUACUAGCGGGAAUUAGCUGCUACCAACAGGUACCAGUACUCUCCACACAAUGAUCAUUGCGUUUAAAGGCAGGGAAAAGGCAGCAUCUGCAGGUUAGAUGCAGCCAUUGCGAAGUCUCGAAGAUGAUUGGCCCAGAUGGCUAUCAAUAUUGCAGGCAAAUGAUGACUGCAGAACUACAGCCCUCCAACUGAGGGGUACAAUAGGAGGCACAAGGCCUUCGCAUGUCAGCUUGAAAAUUAUCACCUCUUAACCCCUCACAAUGCUGGUCAUUGAAUAUACGUCCUCUGAGGGUCUAGCGUCGACCAAGAUGGAUCAAUCCGGUCUCACAAAUGGCAACAUAGGCACGGCUUCGACGGUCUUGCUUGAGAACCAGCCGGAGCCUUUGGCUACAGCCUCUACCGCGAUUGAGGAUGAUGCUGGGAGUUCACGGGCUAUUGAAGAGGGCUCUGACCAUGAGGUGAACAAGGAGAUGAAGCCGACGGAUGCAUUUACACGAUCCCUGGACGACGGGAUUAUGGAGCAGCGCAACGACAAUGACGAGAAGGGUCAUGAUGACAAAAGCUCUACGGAUACAGUUGAGCAGCCACCGGAAGGCGGGAAUCAGGAUGAACAUAAAAACGAUGACAAAAGCGACGAUAGCAAAAACCGCGAUAGCGACGAUGACGAGACUGACUAUGAAGACGCGGUGGUCAAUUACCUUCCAAAGGAGUGGUGGUCUGUGUUCGACGAUUGGGAGCCUACGCCUGCGAGCACCGACAAGGAGAAGGAAGACAUAGAAUUUACUUAUAGUGAACUUGAGGGUCUUGACGAAAAAGUGGAUUCUAUACCGGACAGCUCCCCAUCGCGCCUAGAAUGGCUUGAUCAAAAACGAAAGCUCAAGGAGCCUUUGGACAGAAAGCAGCGCCAUAUUGUGAAAGUGCUUAACCGGGUAAUGUGUUUGAGUGGACAUGAAGACGUCAAGAAGCAGUUUCUAUCUAUAAAAGCUCGAAUCGAAGCUGGUAAAGCGCGAAGCGAGGACCUCAAAGCACUUAAACCGAAUUUGCUCAUCCUAGGAGGGCCGGAAACUGAGCAGAAAGCGGUCGCAAGGCUCUAUGCGGAGCUUCUGUCUUGUUUUGACCUUGUUCCCCGUACCGCCGGUCGCGAGCUGGACGGAAACGAAUCUUGGUGGACAUCAAUCGAGGACUAUCACCGAUAUGAGGCGUCCGAGUCAUCUUCAACGUCAAGUGCUUCUGCGGAUCAUCCAGUUGUCAGUUCCAAAGUUUUCCUCAUCCAUAGGAGCUGCUCGUGGGUGGGGUUUCCUCCCAGUAUAGGCACCUUUCCGAGUCUCAGGGAAGAUCGACUUGGCAAGACUGUCAUGGUUAUGACUGCUCCCGCUAGAGAUUUCGGCGACUCAAAUGAGACCCGCUGGCAGUUCCCGCGUCGAAUGACUUUGGAUGACGACGAAGAAUCCCGAGUCUACCGGCUUUUAGUGAAGACGCUGGAAAAGCGGAAUCUACAUGUUGAAGGAGGGCUCUACUCCGAAGCGCUCUUGACCGUGGCGAAGAGGAUUGGUGGCAGCAAUGACAGUAGUGAGCUUACUGUCAAUCGAGGUAUAACGACAGAGGUUGAGCAGGCUCUGCAACGUCAGGCUACUAGGCUCCAGCAACAGUCCAGCACAGCACAUCCGAAGCGAAGACCACCAAACUACCAUUUCCUCACAAGGGAAGACCUUCUAGGGCCGGGCCCGAAGCAGUUUUCACGCGAAAACAGUCCAUCCUGGAAAGAGCUGCAGGGUAUGGUCGGCCUUGAGAGUGUCAAGCAGUCGGUUGAGCGGCUGGUGCGCCAUGUUGAUACAAAUCGGCAUCGACAGCAUCAGGGGAAAGUGCCCAUCGGUUUGACCUUGAACCAAGUCAUUAUGGGCCCUCCCGGGACAGGAAAAACAACGGUAGCCAAGCUUUAUGGUCGGAUCCUUGGAGAGCUUGGACUCGUCUCCCUUACGGGAGUCGUGGUCAAAACUCCGACUGACUUUAUUGGAGAGUGGGUGGGCCAUUCGGAGGAAGCUACGAAGAACAUUCUCAAGGACACUGAAGGGAUGGUCCUCAUAAUUGAUGACGCUCAUAUGCUCUAUCAACAGAGUACCCAAGGCACAAAUGACAGUGACCAACAUCGUCGUGCUGUUGUUGAUACCCUGGUCGGGAUCAUCCAAAACCAACCCUCAGAUAAGCGAUGCGUCAUCCUGGUUGGCUAUGAAGACCUCAUGGAGGAGUUCCUCCUGAAUAGCAACCCUGGCUUGAAACGGCGCUUUCCCUUGGACACCGCCAUUCGACUUUCCGACUACAGGCCAGAGCAACUAAUAGAGAUCUUAGAUCUGAAAAUGGCCCGAGACGAAGCUAUAGCCACUGAGGAGGCCAAAAAAGUGGCCCAUGAGAUGCUUGCUCUGGCAAGCCACCGUUCCAACUUUGGUAAUGGCGGCGAUGUGGAAAACUUGCUUAGUCGAGCCAUGUUAUCUUACCAAUCAAGAGCCGAGGACUAUGACUGCAACGUUCCCGUUUGCCUCGAGCCUCAGGACUUUGACCCGAAAUACAACCGGAUAUUCGAUGCAGACCAGACCUGCAAAUCCCUUUUCUCUGGGCUUCUAGGCAUGGGGAAUCUAUACACCACCUUCCGCAACUAUCAAAGAACUGCCAUUGGGAUGCGCCGACGUGGAAUCAGUCCUCGAGAGCAUAUCCCCUUUGCUUUUAUAUUCAAAGGCUCCCCCGGCACAGGAAAGACAACCGUCGCUCGUGCUAUUGGUGAAUUAUUCUAUGAAAUGGGCUUUCUAUCCACGACUGAAGUUAUCGAGUGUUCAGCAACCCAGAUGAUCGGCGAGUAUCUAGGCCAUACAGGACCCAAGGUGACUGCAUUACUAGAACGCGCGUUGGGCAAGGUCUUAUUCGUAGACGAGGCCUACCGCCUAGCUGACGGUGCAUCGCACUCCGGUAGCAAUGUCGGCACUAGCUACACCCGGGAAGCAAUAGGCGAGCUCGUCGACAGCAUGACGAAGCCUCGCUACGCUCGAAAAAUGGUCAUCGUCAUGGCGGGCUACCCUGAAGAUAUGGACAGAUUACUGCGUGUAAACCCAGGCCUUCGAUCUCGCUUCCCAACCGAGAUCCAUUUCCCAUCUAUGCCUCCGCAGACCUGCCUCGAAUACCUUGAGAAACUCCUCAGCAAGUACCAGAUCCGCAUGCCGCCUGAAUCCAAAGAAAGUCCCAAGUGGAAGCCGGCGGUGUCCCGAAUGUUUGCCGAGCUGGAGCACUCGCACUCGUGGGCCAAUGCCCGUGACGUUGAGCACCUGGCUCGCAUAAACACCAGCCGUGUCUUCCAGAGGGAUGUGCUUCCGGAAACCGGCGAUCUCUGUCUUGCGCUAGAUGACCUGGUGUCUCCGUUGAGGGAGAUGUUGAUGGUGCGCGUGGCCGCUAGAGACAUGAAUGGGAUCCCCGGGAACGUACUCAACGGCACAAGUCUCAGGAAUACGACGCCUACAAGUCGGCGAUACUAGACCAAUAGAGAAUUGGCCGGGUUGUGUACGCGCAUCUACCACUUGGCCGGUUAUGAGGCGCCAUGAGAGGCUAGAGUUGUUGGCCAUAGAUAGCGGUUAAUACCAAGCAUAUGCAUUCAUCUGCUAAGUUUACGUUUAUUCUUCAAAUAAUUAUGAUCUAGGCCGUAUACAACUCUGGGGUUGUCCAUCUUCGAGCAAGAAUGCAUAAAGUCCGCACAAAGUCUCCGAGGUGAUUUCAAAGCAUAAACCUGACUUAAGUUC